AUGACAGCAGUGAUGGUUGAAGAGUCCGAAUUUUCAAAUAGAUUUGUUGAGGAUUUUCUUCCAUCAUUAGGGACCUUAAAAAGUUCAGGUAUAACUAUUCCUCCUUGGCUUGAACCUAAUUUUUGGGAUAAUUGUCGACAUCAAGACUUUGCGCGCUUAAUCAUCGUUGAACUUUUCGAUUAUAUAAUAAGUACUGUGAAAAGAUCUAAUGCCACUAAAACAAAUGAAACUCCGCCCGAAAUUGAGUCGGCAUUACUCGGAAUUAGCCAUAUUAUGCUUACUUUUAGAGUCACAUUUGAAAAACAGUCAUGGACAAAUUACUACAACAAAAUAGUUAUGCUUCCAUACCCAAUUGUUCAAUACAUUUUAGUUUCUUUGAAUAAAUACACUCAAUCUAGUGAAUUCAAUAUGAAAGCAGUUUUAAACAUGAUUACAAAUAAAUACGAUAACCUUUUUACCAAACAAUCCAUGCCUUUGUUUAAUUUGAUUUUAUUGCUCAGAACUUUACAUUCUGAUCCUUCUACGGCCCGCGCGUUCUUCGUAGCCCUUAAAUCUCGUUUGGAAAGUAUUAAUACAACCAGUGAAACUAUUGUUCUCCUUCAUGUUAUCGAAAUAAUUGUUACAAUCUUUCCUGACUUACAAAAAGACUUUUUGCUCGAUCUGGCAGACCAAUUAAAGAGUGUAUAUAUACUUCCGCUCCCUGCUUCUUCAAAAGGCUUCGAAAUUCAGAAAAAUGUUAGAAAAUCGAUUGAAUAUCCAGGAUUCUUAUAUUAUAAGCUCUUAAGAACAAUAGGAUCCACCAACGAAGCUACCGAUGCAGUUAUACCAUUCCUUUUCGAUGCAAAUUACCAAUUAUUACCUACAUUUUUACAUUCACGCCAGAAUCCAUAUUUUUCGAUCCAGAAAGCUUUCAUUAAUUACGGAAAUUAUUAUCUUGUUAGGAAAUACAACGAAAAAUCAAGGCCAGCAAAAGAAAUCAUCCAAAUUUUACAAAAUCUCGAUUUUGACGAGAAAUCUGAAGAAAAAGUCAUCCAAGAAUUCAACAUUACAAAGAAUCCUGCUCCUGUUGAAGAAUUUGACGUUUCUACUCUUGCUCCACCUUUAAUUCAACUUUCCCAGAAGAAAUUUUCAAUGACACUCUUCAAUAUCCUACAAACUGACACUUUUGUCGAUGGGACAGAGUGUUUCAUGUCACCAAUUCCGAUGAGAUUCAUUUCGGAGAUAAUAACACCGAUUGCGAGGUGGGCAAAGACUCGCCCGCAGAAUAAUAUCUGGGAUUAUAAGAUUCUCGUGUCUUCCAGCGCUUCAUUUAUGUCCCACGUCCUUCUUGGAAUAAUUCAAGGAAUAUUUAAGUUCAAAGAGGAUAUUUCCAAGAUGGUCUUGUUCAUUUAUUUGAUACAGAUCGACCAAACGGACUAUUCGCCACUUUCUGAGUACAUUGGAGCAAAUGAUGAAAUUUAUUCAAGAUUUAUUCACAAUGUGUUCUCAAUUUGCAGUCAAAUCGCUCCAACGCUCAAUUCCGUAUCCCAAACUAACUUCCCAUUGAUUGUUUUCGAAAAACAAUGUUCACCAAAUAUUUGGUUCUCAAAUCCAUCUCCUUCUGCGAUGAUUCAGAACGCCAUCCAGGACUACCUCAUGUUUGCUCAGAACAUGGUCAGCUGUUACGUCUGGAAAGCCGUUUUACAAUUUGAUCAGAAAUCUAUAACGGUUCCCUUCAUAACGUCACUACAUAUUGGCGUACAAUUUUCCAGAGGUCGAUUCGUUGACGCCGAAUACUCGAAAAAGAUCAAAACCAAGAAAGUUUUGAUUUCAUAUGAUUCCGUUGAGGUUGCUCCUUAUGAAAUCACGUCUGUUGCACUCUGGAAUGUCGAUGCCCGCUUGAAGAUUAGGCCUAGCGACCCAACUCUCAUCAUGGAAUAUAUUAAUGAUACAACUAACCUAGAUAUUGAUAAUUUCAGAGAGCAGCUGAAAUCUCAGAUCAAAAGAAUUCCUGUCAAGCAAUUUUACAUUGCUGGAAACGAGAAAAACCCCGUUUACUUCAAUGUUUUCAUUGAUGGAAUCACAUACGAAAAGAUUAGAACCGUAACAGUCUUUGCCAUGGAAUUUACGGAAAAGAAGACACAUAUGACGCUCAAUAUCCCAACUUUCCUCCCAAUUGAGUAA